UUAGUUGAAACAUUCACAAUGGAAAGAAGCCAUUUUAUAAAAUGCAACCAUUUUCAUGAACACAUUUUUCUUUUUAGAAAUCUGUGGUAAGACACUAAUAAAGGUCUGAGGGAGGAAUUGAUCACUGAGAAGGAUUAAUUAUUAUUUCAAGCAAUAUAUUUUAUUUGGAUUUUACAAUGGCAGAAGAAUUGCGAUUAGUGUUGUUAGGAGGAUUUCAGAGUGGUAAGAGUAAUGUGGCACACUCCUUUUUAAACGUUAAAUGUGAUUCUGAUCAAACGACCACACAGUGUGUGAAGAUGGAAGGAAACAUAAAUGGCAGGAAAAUAAUUCUUGUGGACACCCCAGGCUGGAGGAACUGUUAUCAGUUAUGUGACACCAUGGAGCGCCUGAAAGAUGAGCUUGUUCGGAGCACCAGUAUCUGUCCACUGGGACCUCAUGCUUUCCUGCUGGUGAUAGAGGUUGAUUUUGCUUUCUCAGAGAAGCAUAGGAAAGUAGCCGAGGGUCACAUGCAGUUCAUUAGUGAAGACGUCUGGGAUCAAACCAUUAUAGUCUUCACAAAACUCCAACAUUUGGGUGACAAAACUAUAGAGCAAUAUGUAGAACGUGAAGGGGAAAGCUUGCAAAAGCUUACGCAAAAAUGUGGAAACAGAUAUGUUGGCUUUGACACUGACCUGAAUAGAGAUGGUUCCCAGAUGAAAGAGCUAUUUAGGCAGAUAGAGAAACUUGUUGCUGAAAACAACGGCCGUUCUUUUAAAGCUGAUGCAAAAAGACUGAUUGAUUUGGAGACUAAAAUAAAAAAUGUGGAAGAGAGAGCAUCUGCCAGAGCACAACAAGUUUUGGAGAAGAGAAGAAAACUGGAAGAAAUAAAAAGGAAUGCCGCAGAAGCCGAGCAUGAUGGAUCACCUCUGAAUAUUGUGCUGCUGGGAUGGGUCCUGUCUGGCAAGACAUUGGCUGGCAGUCUCAUCUUGGGAGAUGACGUUUCAUUUGACAAGACUUUGAAGUGUGUCAGAACACGUGGAGAAGUGAACGGAAGAAAGGUCACUAUAGUGGACACGCCAAGCUUUUGGAAAUUUCUUCCGUAUCAACUGAACGCAGAUUCUGUGAAUACUGAGAUAUUGAAGGCAAUGGAUCCUUCCCCUGAUGCAAUCCUCUUGGCUAUACCUUCAGUCACGUCGUUUUUAGAAGAGCAGAUGGAAAUCAUAUUAGAAAACAUGAGACCACUUGGUGAAAAGGUUUGGAGGCAAACCAUGGUGCUCUUCACAUGUGGAGGAAGAUUGGGAAACAAACCUAUUGAGUACCACAUUGAAAGUGAAGGGGACGCCCUUGUGCGACUCGUGGAGAUGUGCGGGAACAGAUAUCAUGUGUUUGAGAGCUUGAGCAUGAGAGAAGAUCGCACCCAAGUAGAUCAGUUACUGGAGAAGAUUGAGGAAAUGAUAAGGGAAGGUGCUCUGCUGGAAACAAAUGAUGAACAUCAGGGGAGGAACAAGAAGUCCCAAGAAAGAGAAACCCAAUCUGAGUGGCUUCAAGUUGAGGAUGUCAAAAAAUUACUAAAUGAAGAAUGGGAGAGGAGUAAUGCUAUGAUGAAAGAUAUGUUGAAAACAGUGAGCCACCAAAGAUUUGUCAGAACAGGAAGAAGUUUAGAUGAACCUCUGAGUUUAAGAGGAGAAGUGAUAAAUACAAAAUUAUUUAUCAACAAACGCCAGCUGAAAGAUGCAAUUGAGAGGGAAUGGAAUCGUCAGGAAGCAAUAGACAGCUCUAGGAUUCAGUAUAAACUAAAAUGCCUGAAUGCCAAUGCAGAGACAUCCUCAUGUGCUGAUGAAGAGGACAUAAAGAUGUCUUUCGCUAAAGUGAAUGAAUGGCAUCAGAAGAAUCAUUUCUCAGACUAUGGAAGUGCAUGUUCCAGCUAUGAAGAACAUGAAUUGCGAUUAGUGUUAUUAGGAGGAUAUCAGAGUGGGAAGAGUAAUGUGGCACACUCCUUUUUAAAUGUUAAACGUGAAUUUGUUCAAAUAACCACAGAGUGUGUGAAGAUGGAAGGAGACAUAAACGGCAGGAAAAUCAUUCUUGUGGACACCCCAGGCUGGAGGAACUGUUAUCAGUUAUGUGACACCAUGGAGCGCCUGAAAGAUGAGCUUGUUCGGAGCACCAGUAUCUGUCCACUGGGACCUCAUGCUUUCCUGCUAGUUAUAGAGGUUGAUUUUGCUUUCUCGGAGAAGCAUAGGAAAGUAGCCGAGGGUCACAUGCAGUUCAUUAGUGAAGACAUCUGGGAUCAAACCAUUAUAGUCUUCACAAAACUCCAACAUUUGGGUGACAAAACUAUAGAGCAAUAUGUAGAAAGUGAUGGGGAAAACUUGCAAAAGCUUACUCAAAAAUGUGGAAACAGAUAUGUUGGUUUUGACGCUGACCUGGAUAGAGAUGGUUCCCAGACGAAAGAGCUAUUUAGGCAGAUAGAGAAACUUGUUGCUGAAAACAACGGCCGUUCUUUUAAAGCUGAUGCAAGAAGGCUGAUGAAUUUGGAGAUUAAAAUAAAAAAUGUGGAAGAGAGAGCAGCCGCCAGAGCACAACAAGUUUUGGAGAAGAGAAGAAAACUGGAAGAAAUAAAAAGGAAUGCCGCAGAAGCCGAGCAUGAUGGAUCACCUCUGAAUAUUGUGCUGCUGGGAUGGGUCCUGUCCGGCAAGACAUUGGCUGGCAGUCUCAUCUUGGCUGAUGACGUUUCAUUUGACAAAACUGUGAUGUGUGUCAGAACACGUGGAGAAGUGAACGGAAGAAAGGUCACUAUAGUGGACACGCCAAGCUUUUGGAAAUUUCUUCCAUAUCAACUAAACGCAGAUUCUGUGAAUACUGAGAUAUUGAAGGCAAUGGAUCCUUCCCCUGAUGCAAUCCUCUUGGCUAUACCUUCAGACACAUCGUUUUUAGAAGAGCAGACGAAAGUCAUAUUAGAAAACAUGAGACCACUUGGUGAAAAGGUUUGGAGGCAAACCAUGGUGCUCUUCACAUGUGGAGGAAGAUUGGGAAACAAACCUAUUGAGUACCACAUUGAAAGUGAAGGGGACGCCCUUGUGCGACUCGUGGAGAUGUGCGGGAACAGAUAUCAUGUGUUUGAGAGCUUGAGCAUGAGAGAAGAUCGCACCCAAGUAGAUCAGUUACUGGAGAAGAUUGAGGAAAUGAUAAGGGAAGGUGCUCUGCUGGAAACAAAUGAUGAACAUCAGGGGAGGAACAAGAAGUCCCAAGAGAGAGAAACCCAAUCUGAGUGGCUUCGAAUUGAGGAUGUCAAAAAAAUACUUAAUGAAGAAUGGGAGAGAAGUAAUGCUAUGAUGAAAGAUAUGUUGAAAACAGUGAGCACACACAAAUUUGUCCGAACAGGAAGAAGUUUAGAUGAACCUCUGGAUUUAAGAGGAGAAGGGAUAAAUACAGAAUUAUUUAUCAACAAACACCAGCUGAAAGAUGCAAUUGAGAGGGAAUGGAAUCGUCAGGAAGCAGUAGACAGCUCUAGGAUCCAGUAUAAACUAAAAUGCCCGAACGCCAGAGCAGAGAUAUCCUCAUGUGCUGAUGAAGAGGACAUAAAGAUAUCUUGUGCUAAAGUGAUUGAAUGGCAUCAGAAGAAUCAUUUCUCAGACUAUGGAAGUGCUUCCAGUUAUGAAGAACAUGACAAGACUGAACAGGAUUUAGACUAAUCAUGAAGACGAUCUGAAAAUGCAUGUUUGGACAAUUUUUAUCAUGCAGUUAUUAUUAUAAAUGCAUGUCAUUUUCGCACUACAUAUUGUACUUUUUAUUAUCUUUCACUUCUUUGAUCCAGUAAUCUGCUUUAACAAGCACUAGCUGGAUGCACACUGUGAGAUUUUGGCCACGAUUUGGCCUCCUGAGACAAAAUUUGCAAACCCUAAAAGAAAACCUCUGAUCCUAUAAGCUAAAAUCUGAAGUCUUUAAACGUUAGUUUGACAUGUUGAUGCCAACAUGCCAAUUCAUUUUACCAUCACAUUUUAAUUGUUGCAAUCAGAAUAUCGCAGUCCUGCAGUGUGACUUCUCCUAUGACAACCAAAAAAACCAUCUUCGUUUUUCAAGAGAAGCCGUGACCAAAUGAACGUUAGAGAUUUAUUUGUAGCACCAUUUAAAUCCCGCGUGUAACGCAGCUCACUGUCACCGAACGUGUCUUUGAUGUUAAACUCCAGACGAUUUUUCUUGUGUGCACUUGCUUUUUAAUGCGUCUUGACUGUCGUACAGUCUAACAUUAAUGACAACUGAGAUCUUACAGUGUCACAUGGCUUACAGAGAUGAUCACGUUCGUUCAGUCUGAAAAGCAACAAUCGUAAAGGACGAUAAUAAAUGUUAACAUGUAAUAAAUGUUGCUGUUUGAGCAUAAACAACAUCUGCAAAGUUACGACGCUCAAAGUACAAAGCAAAGUGAGAUAUUUUC